AUGUCGUCAGUUGACUACUGGCACUUUAUCCAAAAGCUUUUGUUGAUCGCUGUGGGAGCUUUCAUCAUCCGAGACAUUGCAUAUCGAAUCCACUAUGCUCGAAUGAAAAAGAAGUUGAAUGCUACCGAUCCUCCAAAAUACAGAAGUGAGUACCUUGGAAUCAAGUUGAUGACUGAUGCCAUGUCCAUUAGAAAAAAAGGCUGGGUCAUGGAGUUUUUAGUUGAUCUCUGUAAACCAUAUUUUGAUGUCAAGACGUUUCAAAUCAACGUGCUCACGUACCAAGCUUAUUUGACCAUUGAUCCAGAAAACAUCAAGGCCGUUUUGGCUACCCAAUUCAACGACUUUGCCUUGGGUUCAAGAUACGCGGUAUUCAGCCCUUUGUUGGGUAACGGGAUCUUCACUUUGGAUGGUGAAGGCUGGAAACACUCGAGAGCCAUGUUGAGACCUCAAUUUGCUAGAGAACAAGUUGCUCACGUUCGCUCUUUGGAGGCGCAUAUCCAAAGAUUGGCUCAACAUAUUCGUCUUCAUUCCAACGGGGAAACUUUUGAUUUGCAAGAAUUGUUCUUCAAGUUCACGAUCGAUACAGCCACCGAGUUUUUGUUCGGAGAAUCGUGUAACUCAUUGUGGGACGAAUCCAUCAGUAAUGGUACACCAGUUGACGACACCGAAAAGAAGGAAUUUGCUAUUGACUUCAACAAGGCCCAAAACUAUUUGGCAGACAGAACAUUACUCCAAAGCCUCUAUUGGAUCUUGGAUGGUAUGGACUUUAGAAACACAAACAAGAGAGUGCAAAAGUUUGUUAGAAAAUACGUCGAUAAGGCCUUGAGCACUUCGGACGAAAAGCUCGAAGAAAUGUCCAAGAAUGGGUACAUUUUCUUGUACGAAUUGGUGAAGAAAACAAGAGAUCCUAUUGCUUUGCAAGAUCAAUUGUUGAACAUUCUUGUUGCCGGAAGAGACACCACUGCUGGGUUACUUGCAUUUACUUUUUUCGAAUUAGCUCGGAAUCCAGACGUUUGGGAGAAGUUGAAGGCUGAAAUUGAGGAGAACUUUGGACUCGGUGAAGAUGCCCAAAUUGAAGAAAUCACAUUUGAAAGCUUGAAACGUUGUGAAUACUUGAAAUUUGUCAUCAAUGAAGCCUUGAGAUUAUACCCUUCUGUGCCCUUCAAUUUCAGAACUUGUACCAAAGAUACCACACUUCCAAGAGGUGGAGGUUCCGAUGGUCAACUGCCUAUUUUCAUUCCAAAGGGUGUUUCCCUUUUCUAUAGUGUCUAUGUGACUCACAGAAUGGAAGAAUACUACGGUAAAGAUGCAAAUGAAUUUAGACCAGAACGUUGGGCUGAUUUGAAGAAUUUGGGCUGGGCUUAUUUGCCUUUCAAUGGUGGUCCACGUAUUUGUUUAGGUCAACAAUUUGCUCUUACUGAAGCAUCAUAUGUUAUAACAAGAUUGGCCCAAUUGUUCCCGAACUUGACUUCAAGAGACGAAGGUCCAUACCCUUGUUUAAAGCAAAAUCAUUUAACUAUGAGUGCUUUUGAAGAUGUCAAGGUGUCUAUGACUGAAUAA